GCAGCCUGGGACACGUCGGGCAUUUCCCGUGGAUUUGCGCCGGGGGGGUUUGGGAAGCGACGCUUUUUGCUUUCCCAGUUGCUGGUGUUGCGAGGAAGAAAGUGUGUGUGGGGAGGGAGACAAAGCCCACAAUUCAGUUGUGUGUGUGUGUGGGGAGGGAGACAAAGCCCACAAUUCAGUUGUGUGUGUGUGUGUGGGGAGGGCGGUGGGGAGCUAACAAAAGGCAAAGGAAGAUACAAAAGAGAAACUGCGCCCUGCGUUGGAAUCGAAUUGGCCGCUGCCUGGGCUGGGCGCUGCAAUGCUUCCCGGUGGGACCCCGGAGCAGAAGCCCAGUGCCUGAGCUGCUCCAGAUGUGGAGUCCCGCAGCCGGCCGGACCAAGCGGGAUCGGCAUCUGCCCACCGGUUUCUGUCACGGGAUCGGGAUGCACCGGCGUCUCGGCGACUGAUCAGACGGGGGGGACAGGACCCUUCUCUGUCGCGGUGCCCACCCCCCUCCCACUGCGCCACUGUGUCGCAGGGCGUCAUUUUCUUCUGAGACGAGCCCCGCCAGCUGAUCAAAAUAGAGUCCCUCAAGGUGACAGUCGACUUCCUGAAGGUGCCCCUUGGCCUGAAGAAGCCCGCGCUGAAGGAGGCAGCGGCCGCUUUGGCUGCUGUCCCCGUCGGGAGACCCAAGUCCGUCAACGUGGAGCGCUACAAGGCCCGGCGCUCCGACAACAUGGACAACGAGUCGCAGUACUCGGGGUACUCCUACAAGUCGGGGCACUCGCGCAGCUCCCGCAAGCACAGAGACCGGCGGGACCGGCACCGCUCCAAAAGCCGGGACGGGAGCCGGGGGGACAAGUCGGUGACCAUCCAGGCCCCGGGGGAGCCCCUGCUGGAUAACGAGUCGACCAGAGGAGAUGAGAGGGACGACAACUGGGGCGAGACCACCACGGUGGUGACGGGCACCUCGGAGCACAGCAUCUCGCACGAUGACCUCACGCGCAUCACCAAGGACAUGGAGGACAGCGCCCGCCUGGACUGCUCCCGCCACGUGGGCGUCUCGCUGGGCGGGGCCCUGGCGCUGCUCUCCUUCCUCACCCCGCUGGCCUUCCUGCUGCUGCCCCAGCUGCUGUGGCGGGAGGAGCUGGAGCCCUGCGGCACGCCCUGCGAGGGGCUCUUCAUCUCCGUGGCCUUCAAACUCCUCAUCCUCCUGCUGGGCAGCUGGGCCCUCUUCUUCCGCCGCCCCAAGGCCUUCUUCCCCCGCGUCUUCGUCUUCCGGGCCCUGCUCAUGGUGCUCGUCUUCCUCCUCGUCGUCUCCUACUGGCUCUUCUACGGCGUGCGCAUCCUGGACUCGCGCGACCGCAACUACCAGGGCGUGGUGCAGUACGCCGUCUCCCUGGUGGACGCGCUGCUCUUCGUCCACUACCUGGCCGUGGUGCUGCUGGAGCUGCGCCAACUCCAGCCCCAGUUCACGCUCAAGGUGGUGCGCUCCACCGACGGGGCCAGCCACUUCUACAACGUGGGCCACCUCAGUAUCCAGCGCGUGGCAGUGUGGAUCCUGGAGAAUUAUUACCACGAUUUCCCCGUCUACAACCCCGCCCUCCUCAACCUGCCAAAAUCCGUCCUGUCCAAGAAAAUGUCCGGGUUCAAGGUGUACUCGCUCGGCGAGGAAAACACGACGAACAACUCGACAGGCCAGUCUCGGGCCGUUAUCGCCGCGGCCGCCCGGAGGCGCGACAACAGCCACAACGAGUACUACUACGAGGAGGCCGAGCACGAGCGCAGGGUGCGGAAGCGCCGCGCCAGGCUGGUGGUGGCCGUGGAGGAAGCCUUCACCCACAUCAAGCGGCUGCAGGAGGAGGACCAGAAGAACCCGCGGGAGAUCAUGGACCCGCGAGAAGCUGCCCAGGCCAUCUUCGCCUCCAUGGCCCGGGCCAUGCAGAAGUACCUGCGCACCACCAAGCAGCAGCCCUACCACACCAUGGAGAGCAUCCUACAGCACUUGCAGUUCUGCAUCACCCACGACAUGACUCCCAAGGCCUUCCUCGAGAGGUACCUGAGCGCUGGGCCCACCAUCCAGUACCACAAGGACCGCUGGCUGGCCAAGCAGUGGACGCUGGUCAGCGAGGAGCCGGUGACCAAUGGCCUGAAGGACGGGGUAGUCUUCGUCCUCAAGCGCCAAGACUUCAGCCUGGUGGUGAGCACGAAGAAGAUCCCCUUCUUCAAGCUCUCAGAGGAGUUUGUGGACCCCAAGUCACAUAAGUUCGUCAUGAGGCUGCAGUCGGAGACCUCGGUGUGAACUGCAAAGGGGGCGGGUUAGGUUAUGGACUCGUGCCUGAGGAGGAGCAAGUUGCAUCCAGGACUCUCCCUUUUUUGACCGGAGCUUAGAGAGACCAUCAUGCAGGGAGAGCCUUGUAGGAACCUCCCAGAACCAGCGUGCAUGCCCUAGGGCUCCGUCUCCUCUCUCUGCCCUCUUCCAUCUCUGCUUGCCCUCCAUUUGGGGGUCGGGGGCAGAGCCCUUUCCCCUUCCUGUCUCUGCUGUCUCCAAAACCCAGAUUCUUGUAGCAAUCUCCCAGGAGGUCGGAAGGCGCGUCGCGCGAAGGCUGGCGUUUUAGCAGGAAGAAGAUCCCUCAUUUGGUGCCAAAACUCAAGGGCUACUUUUUGUUCCCUCCUUCACCAGCGUCUCCAAAUGCGGCUGGGUCUGAGGAACCGUCUCAGUUUCCUUUUUUGUAUUACUAUCCCGAUUCUGGCCUUUUUUACAACUGCCCCGGAUGUUUGGAGUGUGUUUUUUAAAUCCCCACACGCGAGGGUUUUGGAGCAUCUGCAAGCGUCCCUCCAGUAUUGUGGCUGCUAUCGAAAUCUCCCUGCUCCACCUGCCGGCAGGAAAAGACAACCAACAAUGCCGACUCUGGCAUAGGAACCUCCUCUUUGGCUCUUCUCUGGGGUUUUCCAGAUCAGUUUUUUAACAACGACGAGAAGACUAGUUUUAAACAGUUUUUUUAAAUAGCGAUUUUUUUUCGUGUGUGCUGAUCUCUGUGCUUUGUAAUGGAAUCCUGUGUUUUUUGUAAAUAGCAACUCAAACUGGCCCAGUUCCACUUCCUUGACUAAUUGGAUCCAUUCCUCCUUUACACCAAGGGCAUCUUUACCCCCCUCCGGCAGUGUAAGGGGGCCUUAAAGCGGAUGUCAAGUAGGGUUACGCUGCUGGAGUGGCGUAAAGGGGUCUUUGUGUCCAGGAGAGUCAGGCUCCCCGAUGAUAAGGUUGGUGAAUGUGCUGAAUUGCAGGAGUUGAGCAGAAUGACUCAUCCUCCUUGUGCUUUUCUCUGUCUGGAGGCUGAGCUUUGGUUUAGCUGUUGGGAUUUAUAGGAAAAACCGCCCCAAAUCUCUCCCAUGCCCUAGUACGCAUCCCCAGCCUCAGGCAAGUAAAGCAACUGUGACUUGCUUUUGUUAAAGGUCAUGACUCCGCAAGGUACAUGCCGAAUGUUAUCUCUCUAAGGUACUUACAUGGCCCCCAUCACCACGGCAUUUGGGGGGCUCACAGCACCCCGUGCGGCCGGGCAGUGCUGUUGUCCCCGUUCUGUGGCACAGGCCGGCUAAGCUCAGUGACUUGCCCAAGGAAUCUGUGGCGGAGAAGGGGCUCAAACCCAGAUCUCACAAGCCCAGUGGCCUAACCACUAGCCCAUCCUUCCUCUGACCCCCCAGCGGGUGUAACC